AUGCGAGACUUCGCCAGCUUCCUCCAAGGGAAGCCAACCCUGCCUUCGCUUUGGACCAGUAACAUCAACUUCGCCAAGCUCAACCCCAUACCGCACCGAUACCGACCCAGCCGCGCAAAGAGGAACCAGAAGAAGCGCGCAAACCUCAGCGGCCCCGAAGAUGUCACUAGCAUUCAGAAGUCUCUCAACCCUCUUGAGACUCUUCAAAAGCUGCGAAAUCACAAAUGGGGACUGCUUGAUCUUCAGUACAUCAUCAUCGUCGGCCUGAUCGUCUUUUCCCUUUGCAUCACGCCAUCUGCGCCGUUGAUCAAGACCCUCGCCGUCGCCGGCGGUCUUCUGCUCCUCACCAUCCCUCUCACCAGCCAGUUCUUCUUCCCUGGAUUGAGCAUAUGGGCAUAUCUCAUCUAUUUCUUUUGUAGCCGCUUUAUUGAUGCGAAAUAUCGCCCCCACAUUUGGGUGCGCGUCCUGCCCGCUCUCGAGAACGUUCUUUACGGCGCCAACCUCUCGAACAUCUUGUCCGCCCAUACUCACCCUGUUCUCGAUAUCCUCGCCUGGAUUCCCUACGGCCUCGGUCACUUUGGCGCGCCCUUCGUUUGCGCUGCCUUCUUGUUCUUCUUCGCCGCCCCCAAGACUCUCCCCGUCUUCGCCAAGUGCUUUGGGUGGCUGAACGUCCUUGGCGUCACGAUCCAGCUUGUCUUCCCUUGCACACCGCCAUGGUACGAGAAUGAGCACGGCCUCGCCCCCGCUGCGUACGGUAUGCCAGGCUCCCCCGCUGGCCUGGCCCGAAUUGACGCCAUCCUCGGCAUCGACAUGUACACGACGAGCUUUAGCACCGCCCCCGUGCCGUUUGGUGCUUUCCCCUCUCUGCACGCUGGCGAUGCCGUCAUCGAGGCUCUCUUUCUGAGUUACUGCUUCCCUCGCUUCCGUCCAAUCUUCAUCAUGUACGUCGGCUGGAUUUGGUGGGCGACCAUGUAUCUCAACCACCACUACGCCGUCGAUCUGGUCGGUGGUUCUCUGCUCUCCGCCGGCAUAUUUUACUUCGCCAAGGCACGAUACAUGCCCCAGCAGCAAGCCGACAAGAAGAACCGUUGGGAAUACGACUACGUUGAGAUUGGCGAGCAGACGAAGGUCUGGGAUGAGGAGUACGGCCGGAUGUACAACAUGGGCUACCUCCAGCGACGCAGCAGCUCUGACAGCGACGAGUGGACCGUUGGUAGCAGCUCCAGCUACAGCUCAUCGAGUCGAGGCAGUGGCAGCUUGAGCCCUGCUCUCUCCGAAGAAUCUGGUCGCAGCAUUUUCAGCAUCGAAAUCAAGCCCAACACCGACCGUCCCGAAAUCCCUCAACUUCACGAAAUCGUUGUCCGGUAG